AUGUUAAGAUUGUACUUCGUUCUAUUUUAUCAAUGUAUUCUUUGUGUUUUUGGUUGGGGGCCAAUUGGUCAUAGUCUUGUUGCACAUCUUGCUCAAAGUCAAUUAGAUUCAUCGACUAAUAAUUGGAUUUAUAAUUAUAUACCAUCGGAUUUAUCAGGUAAUUUAAGUGCAAUUGCAUCAUGGCCUGAUAUAAUACUUUAUCGAGAUACAAAUCCAUUAGAUUAUACUAACUGGCAAUGGUCUCGUGAAUUGCAUUUUAUAAACACACCUGAUUGGAAUUGUGAAUAUAUUUCAACAAGAGACUGUUUAAAUAAUAGAUGUGUUGAAGGUGCAUUAAAGAAUUAUUCACAAAGAUUAAUUGAUAAUAAUUGUGAUUAUGUUCAACAACAACAAGCUCUUUUUUUUCUUGUUCAUUUUGCUGGUGAUGUUCAUCAACCAUUACAUUGCGGUUUUCGAGGAGAUCUUGGUGGAAAUAAUGCCAAAGGUUUCUUCUUCAAUGGAGCAAAUUUAACAAAUCUUCAUGCAAUAUGGGAUGUUGAAAUAAUUAAUACUCGUAUUAAUCGUCAUUUUCAAUCAGAUGUUAAUCUUUAUUAUGAAUAUUUGAAAUCACUUAUGUUUAAUCAAUCUUUAUUAAUUAAUGAAACAUAUAAUGAUUAUAAAAUAUGGAUUGAUGAAAGUGUUGAUUAUGUUUGUAAACAAGUUUAUUUUGAUGACAAUAAUAUUAAACUUAAUGUUUCAAGAAAUUUUACAUUAGGUGAUGAAUAUUUCAAUCGAAAUUGGCCUCUUAUUGAUCAACGUUUAGCACAAGCAGGUCGUCGACUUGCAUCGUUACUUAAUCAAUUAGCUAAAAAUCGAUCAUCAAGAAAAUUUCCACCAGACACUCAAGCACUUAUUAUUGUUUUAUGUAUUGCAUUAGCUAUUGGUAUCUUUGCUGUUCUAAGUGUUUGUUUAUAUAAACGAAAACACAUUAUAAAACAUAAUGUUUUGAUAUCUGAAUAG